UUGAAUUUACUACUGUUAAAAACAAUAUAUGCAAAAAAUUGUGAAUCUAUAAUAAAACAGAAAGAUGUAUUAUUUAAACAGCAUUUUGAAAAGGAAAAUUUUUGCUUUUGGUAUAAAAUGGAUAAGGAAUAUACCCAGGUUAAUAUAACUAUAUCAAUUAACAUAUGGACAAAAAACUUUACAAGCAAUAAAGUGAAUAUUGAAAAUUCUUCAAUAUACUAUAAUUAUGUUGGAUCUAAUACAGAUGAAUAUAUAAGACUUUCUCUUUAUGAUAUUAUUGAUGAUAUAAAAAAAAUUCAAUAUAUAGAUAAAAUUAAAAUUGUAAGCAAUGCUACUAUGGAGUUUAUUAAAUGUAAGAAUUGUAAAUUACAAAGUUUUCCAAUUAUAAAGAUACAGAUAAGUGACCAAACACCAGUAAUUUUGGGAGUAAUUGUGUUGAUAACACUAAUAAUGAGUAUUACAAUCUAUAUUUAUUAUCUCAAGAAAUAUAUAACGGGUGAUUAUUCAAUGAAAAAAUUGUUUACGUGAAGUUAAACCAUAUAAAUUAUGUUUGUUUCAUUCCAGAAUCAACAACAGAACAGUUGCCAGGCAAGAUGGAAAAGAACUAUUAUAAAAUUCUCUGUCUCGAGAAAAGUGCUAGUGAAGAAGAUAUUAAGAAAGCUUAUAGGAAAAUGGCACUUAUGUACCAUCCCGACAAAAACAAGUCUUUUUUUGCAGAAGAAAAAUUCAAAGAUAUAGCAGAAGCCUAUGAAGUAUUGAGUGACAAAAUGAAGAGAAAAAUAUAUGAUAUGUACGGUGAGAAAGGACUUAAGAGAGGAGAAGGAAUACCUAGUAGUGCUGGAGAUGGACUACACUUUAGGUAUACUUUUUCGGGAAAUCCUAAAAUUAUUUUUCAACAAUUCUUUGGCAAUAGUGAUCCUUUUUCUACUUUUUUAACAGGAGAUGUAGAUUCUAAACAUAUAAUAAGUGGACGAUAUUCCUUCAGUUUCAAUGAGUCUUUUGAAUUUUCCAAACCUCAGUACAAUAAGAGUCAUUACCAAGAAAAUUUUAACUUCAACAAUGACAGCAGUAACCCUUCUGAUAUUUUUAAAUCUCAAGAUAAAAGUCAAAAUAAAAUUAAUUAUCAAGAGACAUUAACAGCCUUUGGAUUCAAAAAGAAAGAUAGAAACUUAAUAUCCCUUCCAGCUCCUUUUUCUGUCAAUUCAUUUUUAAAUACUAUGGAUGAAAAAAUGGAAAUUGAUGAAAUUACUACUACUUCUAGUAAUAUAUCAGAACAGUCAAUUAUUGUGUCUUCCAAAGAUUUAGACCUUUAA